AUGGCCAUGCUACUCGCGGAGAUGAAGGCUAAUCCAGACGACGUGUACUGCUUCGUGGAGGAGCCUCUCUUGCCCACCAGGCUCCCCUUCCUUCAGUCUGAAGAUGGACACGAUGAUCCGCUGGCCGGCUGGCGCAUCAAUGUCUGCUUCCUGUUCAAUGCAACGGGAACAAUCAUGUGUCCGCCUCUUCUCAUAUUCUGCGCGGACGACGCGCUUGCUCAAGGCCUUGAAACACCCCCCGAGUUUACCGUGUUCGUGCGACACAGCGUGGACGGGUUCGUCACGCCCGAGGUGGGAGAUAUUCUGCUCAUACCCCGUCCAAUAUUCAGCGAGUACCUUGAAGCGUUGAACGGGCGGUCGUACUCUACAGACGACCAUGUCAUCGUCCUCGUGACACGAGACGCCCACUCGUCAACUGAUCCAUCCGUGAUGGAAACGACGGAGCACGGUUUCCGCGUGCAGAACCUAAGCAACCUCCGAAUCAUUCACAUGCAGGGUCCUGAUGCGCCAAGGUGCAUCCAUCCCGGCAUGUGCGGUCUGGUAGAGCUGUGGAAGACACUGUACCGUUCCUCAUACCUUCGCCAUUUGAUGAUGACACCAGAGUGGCGCGACAGCGCAUUGUUCCGAUACGCCCCUCCCCUGUCCAUCAUGGAACUGGGACAGCUGCAGUACAUCAUAGACGAGUUCGCACGGCCUGGCCACACUCUCAUGCAUGCCACGGAUUAUGCGCACUGCGAGGUGACCCUUCUCCCGCCACGCGUGCAGCGCACCAUGAACGACACCCCAGGCGCCGAGGACAGCCGCGAGAUAACCCUGCACACGCAGCCAGGACCGCUACUGAAUGACCAUCGUUGUCGCAGGCGGGUGGCGCGCGUCGUCACCGAAUACCUUGUCCGUCAGGCCCUAAAGCUCGGCAUUAAUGUGCGGGACGCACCAGAGUGGUUUGGCGCAUCGAACGCUCUGGUCCGAGACAAUGUGUCAUGCGCGGCCAGUGCCCUGACCACACUGUCAACGGAGCAGGAGUGCCGAAAGCGCAAGGUGAAGCAGGAGUUGCCACGCCCUCGUACAGUGACAUCGGCGGGCAGCGGUGUGAGGGGCGUAGGAGAGGUGCCGCCGCCUCCCAGUGACGAUGUCGUUGCCCGUCUUGCCCGGCCCAACUAUCAGCUUGAUUUCCAGACGUUGGCACUCUACGGUCCCCAUGGAGUGGGGUGUCAGCUGCCAGCACAGGAUGUCCUGACGCUCGCUGACGGACAGUGUCUGGCCGACACAGUAGUGGACUUCCAUAAUAUGGGCCACUACUCGCUGGUCAUAGCUACGAACCUCCGCACCAUGGUCAGCGGGAAGCUAUCCGAGACUGCAGAGGGCGGCGUGGAGCUGGUGCAUCACGAUAGUGCACAGCUGCACACCAAGAGGCCGGAAGUGAUGGAGGGCGUCAAGAAUCUGGUUUGUCAGUCACUUGACGUGUGCGCUCUCAUGUUCCGUGUCUGCUGGCAGUCGGAAGACAUCCCACAACAGUCGAACGUGGUAGACAGUGGCAUUUAUGUGGGCAUGUAUCUCCACGCCCUGGUUUCGUCCGGCUUCUCAAUCCUCAAAGAGUGGAUGCCGUUCUACGGCGUGAAAUCGUGGGCCUACCGGCGCCAGCUCCGCGAGGAGGUGUCCCUCCACGCCACAGGUGACCUUAUUGUCAAGCUAUUUGGGGAGGGUGUGGAUGUUCCCGUGCAGCCUCUUCCCCAGGUGGGAGAACACGACGCCCUCGUCUUUCCCAAGGAGGACGAAGUCCGCACCGACCUGGCGAGGCAGUCAGGCAUGAUAACCCGGGUGGAGCUAGGGGGGUACGUUGUGUGUGCGGCUGUCAUGGGCCUGGCACGUUCGCUGGGGAUUUCGGAGGAUCAACUGCUGAGUGGAGCGGCACACGAGCUUCAGGCACACGGCACGCCUCUGCUGGCUCUGUCCACGUCCAAGAACCACGUGGAGCACGCCGCAUCUAUGCGGACGCUCGGCAUAACCAUCCAAUCGGCUCCCUGUCCGCUUCCGCUCCCAUCGUUCCCUUCUGCGCAUCUCGAUGGGUCGUCCAUCAUUCAUAGUGAGCCGACACCAGCCGAUGUCAAGCCCGUGACGACGGGGGAGCAGGAGCUCCCAACCGCUCCCGUGACUCCGGCAGCACCGCCGACGGUCUCGCGCUCUGCCAGGUAUCGCACGCGUGCCGGGACUAGGAAUGCAGCACGGGCCGUGCGUCAGACCAGCAUGCCUGCCGCGUACGGUGGUCGGCCUGCAUCCAGUCGCUGGACAGGGGUGAGUUGGUGCCCACGGGGCCGAAAGUGGGGGGUUAAGAUGGUGUGCGGCCUAGGCACUGGUCAGCAGAUCAGGCUGGGUGCGUAUAAUGUGGAGCUCGAUGCGGCGUAUGCGUAUGCUGCGGCGACAUUUGUGAUCAGGCGUAAUGACCACAUCCAGCACACGAAGGAGCUGUCGGACGUGAAGAAGGCAUCCCUGAUCGGGUGUGUUCGCGACGACGUGCGUCAUCUGGUCAAGGCACGGAUGUGGUGGAGGUGGCGUCAGUGGAGGACAGCAAUGGCAGAGCUGGGCAUUGCUCCUAGUACUCCCUUCCCCCUCGAAAACAAUGGCGCUCGGUCGCCGGACAACAGCAGUGGUGAUGGCGACGUGGAAGGCAGGAUGGUCCAUGAUGUGGAGGCGGUGGACGAGUAG